UCCGAAUCUCAGUUCAUGAACUCACAGUAAUCUUCUUAUACAUGUGUCGAAGACUCGUUGAAGAUACGUCUCCACUAUUGCUUCCAUUAAACUCUAGAUUCGCCUUUUCAUUUUCAUCAUUACGUAACUACUGUACUUGACCUGGCUAUGGCGGCGGAAAAAGAAGAAUUUCUCAGAGAGUUCGGCGAACACUACGGCUAUCCAAACGGCCCCAAAACCAUUGAUCAAAUUCGUGCUACUGAAUUCAAGAGAUUACAAGAUACUGUAUACUUGGAUCAUGCUGGUGCUACUUUAUACUCCGAGAUGCAAAUGGAGUCGGUUUUUAAGGAUCUCACUAGUAAUGUAUAUGGAAAUCCUCAUAGCCAAAGUGACUCCAGUUCUGCGACUUCUGAGAUUGUGAGCGCUGCCCGCCAACAGGUCCUUAAAUACUGCAAUGCAUCUCCCAAAGACUAUACCUGUAUAUUCACAUCUGGGGCAACGGCAGCGUUGAAACUGGUUGGAGAGGCUUUUCCAUGGAGUUGUAACAGUAAUUUUAUGUAUACAAUGGAGAAUCAUAACAGUGUUCUUGGAAUAAGAGAAUAUGCUCUUGGUCAAGGAGCUACAGCUGUUUCUGUAGAUAUUGAAGAAGAUGUGCAUCCUAGAAUAACAAGAGAAACUGUUUCUACAAAGAUAUCACUGCACCAAGAACAAAGGAGAAAAGUGGUUGGAUUGCCGGAGGGAGAGCCAACAGGUGAUGUGUAUAAUUUGUUUGCCUUUCCCUCAGAGUGCAAUUUCUCAGGGUUGAGAUUUGACCUUGACUUGGUGAAUAUUAUCAAGGAAGACUCGAGCAGGUUUUUUGGAUUUUCUUCAAUUUGCAAAAAUAAACAGUGGUUGGUCUUGAUUGAUGCUGCGAAGGGAUGUGCUACCAUGCCACCUGAUCUGUCCAAGUAUCCUGCAGAUUUUGUUGCAAUCUCAUUUUACAAGCUGUUUGGCUAUCCAACUGGGCUUGGAGCUCUCAUUGUUCAAAAUGAUGCUGCCAAGUUACUGAAGAAGACUUAUUUUAGUGGAGGAACAGUUGCUGCAUCAAUUGCUGAUAUUGAUUUUGUUAAAAGAAGGGAAGGUAUUGAAGAGCUGUUUGAGGAUGGCACUGUUUCAUUCCUUAGCAUAGCAUCUAUCCGCCAGGGCUUUAAAAUCCUGGAUUCUCUAACUGUAUCAGCAAUAUCACGACAUACCACAUCUCUUGCAUUGUAUGCAAGGAAAAUGCUUUUGGCCCUGAGGCAUGAGAAUGGAUCUAACCUCUGCAUCCUAUAUGGACGCCAUAAUUCAAUGGGACAUCGUUAUGAAAUGGGUCCAAUAGUUUCGUUCAACCUCAAAAGACCAGAUGGCUCUUGGUAUGGAUAUCGGGAAGUUGAAAAGCUAGCAUCUCUUUCGGGAAUUCAGCUAAGGACAGGAUGCUUUUGCAAUCCAGGUGCAUGUGCAAAAUACCUGGGCUUGUCUCAUGUGGAUCUUAUUACGAAUACUGAGGCUGGCCACGUUUGUUGGGAUGAUCAUGAUAUAAUCAAUGGAAAACCUGUUGGAGCUGUAAGAAUAUCCUUUGGCUACAUGUCAACAUAUGACGAUGCCAAGAAAUUUGUUGAUUUUGUGGCAAGUUCCUUCAUGUCCCCUCAAAAUCACAUUGAGCAUGGGAAUCAAUUGAAAGGGCUUGAGAAAGGGGUCCUGGAUGCUAGUUAUUAUCUCAAAUCAAUUACAAUAUAUCCAAUAAAAUCCUGUGGAGGUUUCAGUCCAAAAAGUUGGCCUCUUAGCGACAAUGGCCUAAAACAUGAUCGGGAGUGGGUUCUCAAAAGUCUCAGUGGUGAAAUUCUUUCACUGAAAAAGGUUCCUGAAAUGGGGUUUAUAAGCCCCUUCAUUGACCUCAGUCAGGGAAUGUUGUUUGUAGAGUCUCCACGUUGUAAAGAAAGAUUGCAAAUCAGGCUUGAGUCAGUUUAUGAUGGUGAGAUUGAGGACAUUCAGCUGUAUGGUCAGAGGUAUAAGGUGUACAAUUACAGCACUGAGACUAAUGCAUGGUUUAGUGAAGCUGUUGGUAAACCUUGCACGUUGUUACGAUAUUCUAGUUCCAAUCAUGAUUUUGUUUUGAAAAAGACCAAAGGUGCAGUCACAUGCAGAGAUGCAAGGAGUGCCGUCAGUUUUGCAAAUGAAGCACAAUUGUUACUUGUAUCUGAGGAAAGUGUUUCUGACUUAAAUAGAAGGUUAAAUUCAGAUUCAGGUGUACAGAAGAGCAUAGGUGGAACAACAAUGCAAGUCAAUGCGAGUAGGUUUCGUCCCAACCUUGUGGUAUUUGGAGGCAGACCUUACGAUGAAGAUGAAUGGAGUGAUAUUAGGAUUGGGAAUAAGUAUUUUAGAUCACUAGGGGGAUGUAAUCGAUGCCAGAUAAUCAAUCUUGCAUUAAGUGAUGGACAAGUGCAAAAGUCAAAGGAACCUUUGGCAACUUUAGCAUCAUAUAGGAGAGUUAAGGGAAAGAUUGUAUUUGGCAUACUACUGAAGUAUGAUGGAGAACAGCAACAAGGUGAGUCCUGGCUUCAUGCAGGGCAGGAUGUACAUCCAGAGUAAAGUGUGCAAUUUGUACAUAUAAUCAUACACGCAAACCCUCAAUUCAUGUUUUCUCGAACUCUAUAUAUAGGAAGCUUGUUGAAAAGUUGUAUAUUUUUUUAUUUUGAUGUUGUACAAAUCCUUCGGAGGAUACUUUUUUUGGGUACAUCGGAAAGAUAAAUUUCACCCUCCAGGAUUGAUCCCUGGACCUCCCCCACCCAACCCAUAUGUCCUCCAGCUCUUACCAUUUGAGCUAUCAUUCGGGUACCCUUAGGAUGAUACUUAGCAAGAUGCAUAUUGUCCAUAAUUAUUUGUUGUAUUGUAUAUUGAGAACAGAAAAAUCAAUAAUAAAUACAAUAAAAGGUGUUUAUGUUGUAAUUUGAUUCUGCCACCCUACUAACCUUGAAUCUUGGGGGCAGUAGUGAUCAUGGAUUUGUAUCAAUCGAUUCAGUUCAGUAAAUUUCCUUAUUCUAACA